AUGUUCUGUUUGACGAGCGCCCAUCCAGGUACACAAUGGGUACCUCAGUCUAUACAAGCGUGUCCUGGACAACAACCUCGGAGAAGAGCGCCGUGUAGAGAGCGCAUCGCUGGACUGGUUGUGAGGCCCCAGCCGCAGCGGCAAGCGGUUGCCACGGUGCUACGAGCCGCUUCCCGUGGAGCAUUCACCGGUCCGGGGUUAACUGAAUGCACCUUCCUGGUGCAUUCAUUGAACGUCACCAACGUCCAACAGCGAAAUCGAACUGCGUCACGAGCGUCCGCCAACACGUGCCGGUGUUGUACCGGUGCCGUAGAGCCUGUCGACGAGCCGAGCGCCCGUCGUGAUGAGCCCAAGCGCUCACCGGGAACACCACCUUUCACUGACGCUCUGCGUACGCGUAGCUUUCUUGGUCUAUCGUCGCUGACACUAGCCCGGCUUGCACUUGUUGGUACAACGCUGGUCUGGGCUGCGAACAACGUCCUGGUGAAGAAGCUCUAUCGACUCGGCUUGCAGCCGGGCAUGGUUACAGCAGUGCGGUUUUCGCUUUCGGCUUUGGUCUUGUCGCCGUUUGCAACCUGGCAGGCUUUGCGACCUGCCCUCGGCCUAUCUAUGACCUCUUUUGCUGGCAAUGCUUCCUUAGCGCUUUCACUUCGAUUCACGAGCACGGGCAGGGCCUCAUUCUUCGCAGCGAUGUCGGUCGCUGUGACGCCGUUGUUAGAGUUGCUGCUCUACGGCAGUCCACUUCGCCCAGGUUUCCUGACAGCGUCUUCGCUCUGCGUCAUUGGUGUUUUCCUCAUGUCCAGGGAAAGUCUGCUGCAAGUCCGACUUGGACAGCAGACAGGCCUCGCCAGCGAGACUGGGGCUGGGCUCGCCUCCUGCGGUGCGCUCCGCGGAGACAUGCUGGCGCUCUUGGCGGCUUUUUGGUUCGCACUCUAUAACGUUCGACUCAGUCGAGAAGCGCCAAAGCACCGCACGGAAGCAUUGAGUUCCUCACUUCGAGUCUGGACGGCUUGUUUCUCGACAAUCUGGGCCUGUUUCGAGAUUGUGCUUGGCAAGCAUGCAGCACCCACAGGAGCGCAUUCCUCCGCUAAGGUCACUGUCGACGGCGGUUCUGGUGCUCUGCUCGCUACCUUGAGUAUCAUUCGCGAAGCGGUGCGUUCCCUGUUUACCCGCCUCCAUCAAGGUGGAAUCACAGCUUACCUCGGCCUAGCUGCGCUAGCAGUGCUCGUGAUUGUUGGCGCCUACUUUCAGGUCUAUGGGCAGCAGCGCAUCUCAAGUCAAGAGGCAGCGGUGCUGUAUACAUUGAAUCCCAUAUGGGCUGGAUUGGCAGGGUAUCUGUUUCUGGCGGAGACCUUCACUUUGGAGCAGGGGCUGGGCGGCCUAUGCAUUCUGUUCGGCUGCCUUGCUGCACGACGGCAGCAGCAGCAGCGCUCGCCUGUGACGAGCAUUCCCAGAAAGUAA